ACCGACUCCAACAGUGAGCCUCGCAGGUGGCAGGCGGCUCACGAGAAACACAACCUUCACCACUACCACCACGGCGCUGCGAAAACUCGCAUUCUGCACACCCACCCACCUCUUUGCCCACCGCGCACCCGUCCAUCUACUCUCAAGUCGUCUGCGAAAGCUGCACACAGCGCCUUAAUUGGUCAUCCGCCGCGGCUCGAGGCUCUCCGGCGAGAGCAAACGGCAGGGGUGCGGAGCUCGUCGUUGCGUCGCGAGGCCCCGAGAGCAUUUCUUGAUCGAGGCUUGCCAAGUAACUCCCCGACGGCAACGACGACCAAGGCGACAUGUCUUACAACCAGUAUCCGGGAAACCCGUACGGCGCGCCGCCUCCCGGCUAUGGCAGCUACGGCGCACCACCUCCCGGCAUGGGAGCUCCUCCCGGUGGUCUCGGUACUGAUGCCCCCUUCUCCCCGGGAGUCCAUAUCAUCGUCGACAUCGCCAUCGGCGCUAACAGAGGCUUCCACUCAGGUCCGCCCCCCGGCAUGGGCUUGGCGGCACCAGGCAUGGCACCUCCCCCAGGCAUGGGAGGACCGCCACCCGGUGUUCAGGGCUUCAACGCGCCGCAGACGUCGAGCCGCCCCGGCGGCAUCCCCGCGAGCUUUCAGCCCCCGGCGAACAUGCCCAACAUCAACUUCAACGCGCCUGUCAUCCGCCUCGGCACGGGCACGCCCAGCGGACGAGGCGACGGACCGUCGACAAGUGCGGGCGGACGCUCAGGACUAGGCAGCGACAGUCGAGGUGAAUCGGGCAGAGAUCGUGGCGGACGAGACAGGGAACAAGCCCAGAUGCUGAUCCCGCCCAGCGCCGACGAGAAAAUGCGAUCGCUUGUCCUCUACCAGAUCCCCGAGUCGCUCAGCAGAGAGGAGGAUGCCAGGAAUCUAUGCAGCGCGGUCGGUAGACUGUUGUCGUGGGAUAUUUCGACGAGUCUUUGGCCGCGUCACAAGGACAAGAAAUUUGGGUUCGCGCUCUUUGACGACGAGGACGCGAUCUCGAUCGCACUGAAGCUCUUCGCCGACGAAACCUUUGAGGUCCCGGUAAAGCGACAGCCCGGAGUUGCCGAGCCGCCCAAAGAAGUUGACAACUACGACGGCAUCGAGAAGACCAGGCUUCUGAUCUCUGUUGACGAGAUGGUUGCGGAUCAUAUACAAUUAUCAGCAGAGUCACAAGCCGCCGAUCCCGAUUUCCAGGCCCGAUUAGACGCGGCCCGCCGCGCUGUCAAGCAGGUUCAGCGCGAGCUCUUCUACCCUCCUCUUAGUAGCCGAAUCGACCCGGCCAACGACACGCCCAUGGUCAACGCAGACGCGCCCUCGAACGUGGAGGUGGUCAACAUCUCGAUAGCCCAAGAGGACGAGCUGGCUGACAUACCAGCCGAGAUGCGGGAGGUUGUGGCCAGGGAGAUUGCGGCAUUCCGUGAGCGCAGCAACCAGCGUGACAUGGAGAGGUUGCGGCGCGAGGAGGAGAUUGCAGGACGGCAUCAGCGCCAGCACGACACGUCGACCAACAACAUCCCUGUCGGGCCUCGAGCCGGCGCCGUGUCGAGUGCCCCAACCGGUCCCAGGGGCCAGAACGGAACCGGGACCGAUCGCGGCAUCUCGUUUGUUAAUGGCAGUGGUGCGCAUCACGAUUUGAGCGACAACGAAGACACGGAUGCGAGCGAUGGCGAGUUGGAGCGCAGACGCGCCAAGAGACGUGAGGAAGAAGAGCGCAAGAAGUAUGUCGAAAUGGAGCGCAAGUGGCUGAAGCGAGAGCGUAUCCGCCAGCAGGCGCUGGAGCGUGAACAGGAACGGGAGAGACAGGAGGAGGAGCUCAACAGGCGGCGCCGGGACGAGCAGUUUGCGCGCGAAAAGGCAUGGGAUGACGAUGUCGAGGCCGCCCGCAAGACGCACCCCUACUACCGCGACCGUGCCGAGUGGGAGCGGAAGCGCGCCAUCGAUCGUGGCAUCGAGGAAGCAGCCGACGACGCGGACCGACGCGAGGAGGAGGAAGAGACACGGCGGGAACAGGAGCAGCUCGAGAGAGCCCGCGGCCAAGCCGAUUCCUUCCUCGACCAGCAAGACCGGGAGAUGCAACAGCGGCAGGUUGCCGCUGCACCGGCGCCGGCACCGUUCAAGCUGUCCCUGGGAGCGGCCGCCCAGCGAGCCCAGGCGUCUCGCGCGGUGCCCCAGCGACGCACCAUUGCCGAAGUGGAGAAUCUCCUGGACGACGAGGACAACGAGCCGGUGGCGAAGCGGCCUCUGGUUCCGCUGCAGAUGGAGCCCCUGUCGUCGACUGCCGGCAUGACGGAAGAGGAGAUCAACGACGCAUUGCGAUCGCUUGCGCAGGAGAUUCCGGCGGACAGGGAUGGCCUGUGGGCUUGGGAGGUCAAGUGGGAGUACAUGAACGACGCUAUUGUGCGCGACAGCAUCCGUCCGUUUGUGGAGAAAAAGAUUGUCGAGUAUCUCGGCGUGCAGGAGGAGAUGCUGGUGGAGACGGUGGAGGAGCACAUUCGCAAGCGCGGGACCGCGGCCGGGCUGGUCGAAGAGCUCGAAGGGGCUCUGGACGAGGAGGCCGAGGACCUGGUCAGGAAGCUCUGGCGGAUGGUGGUUUUCUGCACCGAGUGUGAGAAGCGCGGGCUGCCUACGUAAACGCACCCCGGGUGCUUCACGACGUGUUGUUGCUGGCAGCAGGCACGCAGCCGACACAACCGCGACAUUUACAAGGCGAGACAAGGAGCGGGCUAGGACGAUGUGAUGUGAAGGAAAUGUCCCUUUUCGAUACCAUUUUGGAGUGUUGAGGAUUACCGCCUUGAGACGGUGACUUUGACCGGUGGCGAGAUAUGACUUUCUACUGGCCCCAUCAGGUGGUACUGUCAUUGCCGAUGGGCAGACGAUUCGACGACGUUUCGAUUGGAUCAAAGCAGACCUGCGGAUUCGGUGGGCACUAUGAGUGCCAUGGAGGCAGGGCGGGUCAUUUGGCGCGUCUGGACAGACCAGACAAGAUGUUGGGUUGGGCCUCCAAGGGCGAGCUCACUCAUGUACAAACACUGUUUCUUUCUGUUUCGUCAACAACCUCGUCGACGAGGGCCCCUGCGGUCCACCGGAUCGACGGACGGCGAAGCCAUACCGUCAAUCAAGAAGUGAGCGAGGGGCGGGCUACGCGAGGACGAGAGGCGACGGCUGGGGACACGGGCCUCGGCUGAGUGAGCGGGCGUUGGCAGGGCCGGGCGGCGUACGGCCUGGCCAUAUUGGCGCGCAUGGGCACAAUUGUGUGUGGUGUAUGGUGUAUGGUGUAGGGGAUAUAAAACAAUGAGUACAAUAUGCU